CAGAGGAGGAGUCACCUGAGUCGGGGCCUGAGGCGGGGUCUCGCGAACCCGAGGAGCCGCAAACGGAGGAGGUUAUCGCUGUUGGGGAUGAUACCCCUCCUCCUACCCCGAUUCCAGAGCAGGCGCGGCAGUAUUGGCCUAAAGGAAUUCCUGAGUCGGACAGCGAGGAGAUGUUGGGGCCUUACUACGCCACCACCGGCGCAGAUGGAGCCAGAGGGGGGCGAGAGGACGAGGACACCUACUACUGUGGCGCCGCAACCAACUGAGUCUACAGAUGCACGUAUGGAUGUGGAGGUGCCGACAUCCGGGGAGCCUCCGCCAGAGCCGCCACCCGCAGAGGAGGGUACAAGUGAGGGAGAUCUACUGCGAGAGGGUCACGAGGCGAGGACAGAGAAGCCACCAGGGGAGACGAGAGAAGAGAAGCGCGCGAGGGUGCAGGUACGCCUCGAGGAGUUAUACCAGGAAAAGCUUAGGAUGGAGGCCGCAGGGGAAGCGCCAAAGCCGCCAAUUGACCCUCCGACGAGCGACCAGAGGAUUAGCGAGGUUUGGGCCAGCUAUGAGACUAAGAGGGACGCUGCUCGUUUGAGAUCGCGAGAGGUAGGACAGGAGAAUGCGGGGGUGGACAAGGGACGAAAAAUAGAGGACUUGGUAUUUUCGGCCACCAGGAUGGAGAUUGAGCGUGCGGACAGGAGGAUAGGGACCCCAACCUCCAGUGGAGGAAGGGGCCCCACAGAGGAGUCCCCUAUGAUCCUUUUGGAGGUACAGGAGGGUGCCCUUACGGGAGCAGCAGCAUCCACUGAGCCGGAGGCAAUGGGGGGAGGGGCGUCUCGACUGGAUGAGUUAGUGACAGCUAUGGAGCUGGACAUGCCGUCAGGAGAGCCUCAGAGACAGAAGACCCCAGAUCGUGUGCCAGUGAUAGGGGAGCUGAGGACGCAGUUAGGAUCUUGGGCUACUGGAGCUGACUCAGGAGAGCACAUCUCAGAGCAACAACAGGAGGUUAUGAGCGAGCCAGCGAUUGUCAUGACUCCCCAGCCUUCCGACCUGCAUAGGGACGAGGGGGCGACUGCGAGGGGAGGGGUCCGCAAGGGUAGGCCACUGAGAUUGGACACUCCAGCGUACCGACCCGAGGGAGGAGAGGCGCUAGCAGGACCGAGUACCCAGAUGAUAGAGGCGGGGCCGACAGAGUCAUGGAGUAUGCCCCAGAGCCAUGAGAUGAGCAGGGAAACUAGCGAGACGCCGCCGUUGCCAGGGUCCCAGAAGAAGAAGAGGAGGUGUCGAGGGAGAUCAGACGAUCAGUACUUCUUCUGCAAGGACGGCGUACAUACAGCCCUUGAAUGCCCGAAGUUCCUUAAGGACAAGGCGGCUUGGAGAGUAACAGAGAGUGGUGGGAGAAUGUACGACAGGCAGGGGCGAGUGGUAGAGCGGGCUCCAGAUGGGGGUAGGGCACAGUUAUAUAGACAGAACCAGGAGGCUAUGAGUGGGUAGGGGCUGGUCCGUCUAUAUGACAGUCGGAUUAGAGCUCCUCUGUACGCAGAGGCCGUGAUACGGGUGUACAUACUCUGAG